GUGGGAGAACAGUCCUUACAAAGGGAUGUCUGUGCUGACUGGAAAUUUUCAGUGCUGUAUAGAGCUUGGUGCUGCAAGAGUUUCUGAUCGUAUGAAGAAGCUGGAUUAGCUUCUUGUGUGAACUAAUUGCUCUCUUGGUAGUAGUGGAAUCUUACUGGAAGACAGCACCUGUCAUACUCAGCGGGAGAGAAGAAGGGUGUUUGAUCCCUGAGAAGGGGACCCCGUGCAGAGAGAAACAGCAAAAAAGGGAGGUUCUCUUCAAGAAGUUCAGCUGACAAUGGCAGAAGAUGCACUGUCACAUCCUGGCUUGGACAAGGAUGCUGGAGAAGAGUUCUUACAGGAAGCAUUCCAGGUCAUGCUGGAGGAAGGCAUCAAAAAAGGGAUGGAUGCCUCUGAAAAGGUGUGUGAUUGGAAGGAGCCUGAGCAGCUGCAGCAAAUUCUGGACCUGGAACUGAAAGAUGAUGGGGAGCCACAGGAAAGGCUGUUGGAGCGUUGUCGGGAUGUUAUCAGAUACAGCGUGAAAACAUGUCAUCCACGCUUUUUUAACCAGCUGUUUUCAGGACUUGAUCCACAUGCUCUUGCUGGACGGCUGAUCACAGAGAUGCUCAACACCAGCCAGUACACUUAUGAGAUUGCCCCUGUCUUUGUCUUGAUGGAGGAAGUGGUGCUGAGGAAGCUCCGGGAGCUGAUUGGCUGGGAGAAAGGAGAUGGGAUAUUUUGUCCUGGAGGCUCUAUCUCUAAUAUGUAUGCUAUGAAUGUGGCACGGUACCAGUGCUUCCCAGACUGCAAGCAGAAGGGCAAUUGGGCCAUACCGAAGCUGGCAGCAUUCACAUCACGAGAGUGCCACUAUUCCAUCCAGAAAGGUGUGGCUUUCUUGGGCAUCGGCACAGACAACAUCUACCUUGUUGCCGUUGAUGAAAAGGGGAAAAUGAUUCCUGCUGAUCUAGAGAAACAGAUCAAUCAGGCCAAAUCUGAGGGGGCGUUUCCCUUCUUUGUCAAUGCCACCUGUGGCACCACCGUCCUAGGAGCCUUUGAUCCUGUGGCUGAGAUUGCAGAUGUGUGUGAAAGGCAUAGGAUCUGGCUCCAUGUGGAUGCUGCGUGGGGCGGCAGUGCCCUUCUUUCCCAAAGACACCGGCACCUUCUGGAUGGGAUCAAGAGGGCUGAUUCAGUGGCUUGGAACCCACACAAAAUGCUUAUGACUGGGUUGCAGUGUUCUGCCUUCCUGCUCCGAGACAGCUCCGGCAUGCUGCAGAGGUGCCACUGUGCCAAAGCCACCUACCUAUUCCAGACGGAUAAAUUCUAUGACAUGGCUUAUGACCGGGGUGACCAAACCAUCCAAUGUGGACGCAAAGUGGACUGUUUCAAGCUGUGGCUGAUGUGGAAAGCCAACGGCACCGCAGGCUUGGAGCGCAGAGUGGACAGGGCCUUUGCCUUCACUAGGUAUCUGGCUGAUGAGAUUAAGAAGAGAGAAGGUUUUCAGCUGGUAGUGGAGCCCGAGUUCAUCAACCUAUGUUUUUGGUAUAUGCCUCCCAGCCUGCGAGGGCAGGAGGGUUGUGAUGAUUACAGUCUGAGACUGGGAAAGGUGGCUCCUGUUAUCAAAGAGCGGAUGGUGAAGAAAGGGUCUAUGAUGGUGGGCUACCAGCCACUCGGAAACAGAGCCAACUUCUUCCGUCAGAUUGUUACCAAUCCAGCAGUCACCAAAAAAGACUUGGACUUCUUUCUUGAUGAGAUUGAGAGGCUUGGCAGAGACCUAUAGUGACAUUUCCUCUUCUCCCUGCAACCAAUUCUGCAAAAAUGGUUUGAAACACACAGGAGUUUUUGUGUUUUUUUUCCCACUACCUGUUUUGACAAACCUUGUAAAAAAAAAUCAGAGAAAGCUAUAGCUCCCUAAUGCUGUUAAUUUGCUCUUCCUUGCUCUUCCAGUAAACAUCACUGUUCUUCCAAAGGCAUCUGGAAUGUCUUCCCCUGGACUUCUCCUUCUCCUUUACUUCAGAGAGCAGCACAGUGAGAAAGGAUGAGGCUGUUGCAAGGAGCUACCAAGAAUGCAAAGCAAUGACCAUGGUUGAACCUUACUUUCUCUCUCCUCUUUUCUAAAUAAAGGCUUGUUAAAAUCUGUUUUUCUCCUAUCCUUUUCAUAAGAAGAAAACAAGGUGUAGCGAUGGGGAGACAAUGCAGUACACUACAAACACUGAACCUAUACA